AACCAAAAUUCACUAUGGCCUUUCUUGAUUUCAACGAACAUGACAAAGGAACAAAGCACCCGAGAAAGUCGAGCGUUGGUCGAGCGAGUCACCAAAGAGCUGAGCAUGUUCAAACAUUGAAAUCAAAGGCAAAGGAACCUAGUAAACCGGGCCCUGCUUUCGAUACUUGAAGUGACCCACAUCUCAACAGACUCGAAUCAAAACACACACAUUUCACUCAAUGUGCAGCCUAGCAUGAAAUAAAAGCCAGUGUGCCACGCACCUCGGCUUUCACUGCCCGAAUUAGUUUCUCCUUACCGCUCAUGCGUCCUUGACAAAUCAAAUCAAGCACUCGUAGUCGAAGACCUUCUGCAGACAAGUGACUCGUGCAUCUACUACCUCGAGAAAUGCAACCAGCCUCCAAUCAGAAUCACUCCUUGGUUGGCUUCACUCAACUUGCGGCUCCUCGAGGUUUUUGUUACCUGCUCGGCUCGCCAUACCCAUCCGUUACCAUCACCACAACCACCGAGCAACUGUGCAGCACGACCAUCAACCAACACAACUCCGACACCAUGCAGCCAUCUACACCAAUACGCCCAGUGAGCGGCACAUUCUACGAAGCGGUUCAGCUGUUGCGGCCGCAUCCGAAGAUUCGUCCCGUGUCUGAUUCGUACGCCGAGACACGUUCACAUCUGAGCACCGUGACACCAGAAGGUGAUCGAUGGUCCAGAUCGUCCCAAGCUACCGCAGUUGACCCUCCCGAGACUCCCCACCUCCCCACCUCCAGGAAGCAGUACGAAGCCGCGAGCAGUCGCGUAUUGGGAUCGUUGGGACGUCUUGAUACGGAUGUCCCUUCUGAGAAAUCACCAAAACCUGGUUCGCCAUCACCUCGCUUGAUGAUCUUCCGUACGAAGGCUUUGUUCAGCCCUCGCUCAAGCACUGUCCCAAAGACACCGGAAGGGGAGAAGGUGCAUGGAACGUUCUGUCGGAUGAAGAGUGUAGUCAGCAAGACCCUUCGUCGAAGCGAGAAGGGUGGCAUCGCUGAGGCAGGCUCACGAGACUCGCUUGGUUUGGGCUUUUACUCCGCUUCGACUAGACGGUUGAUCACGAAGGAGGACGAAGAGGAGGCGGAAGAGACUAACAUCUCCAUAAUUUCAGAUGAGCCACAUCAGAUCGUGCCACUGCGCCUGGUGUCGAAGUUUCUGCCUACAUCGACGAUCAGCAUAUCUGAUAACGAUAUUGGCAGUUCGAUUGUAGUUGAACAAUGCAGCGGUGGCGAUAAAGACGAGGACGACGGCGAAGAUAGCGAGCAUGGCAGCCUCCAUGUCGUACCCCUUCGCCUGCGCUCGUCAAACUUGGCUUUAGUGUCGAAAGACGGUAACUCUGCAGUUGAGACAUCCUUCUACUACGCGCCCAGCGCCAAAGAAGACGAUGAUGUCUUCUCCAGUCCAAACGAGACAUGUCAGAUCGAUCGCCCCGUGACCAGCUUUAUGCUCGAGUUGCGUGACGCGAUGGAACAAGGUCACGGAACAAAGACCCCAUCGAUUAUAUCAACAAUAACGGCGUCUCCGAUGGUAACUCCAUCACCGUCUCCAAAGCUUCGACAUACAGCUCUGAGCUCAAUUCCAAGCCUGCAACCGAUUUCACUGCGAUCUCAGUAUUCGGCAUCAGAGCCUGCAUCAAGUCCUCCUGUGCUAAGCGUACCAAAGAUGUGGACACUAGACAAAAGUCAGGCGAAGAAGACUGUACGCCUGGCGCCCAGCCUUGAGGAAGGCCUUUGUGCGGACGACUUGGAGGUGUACGAAGAGAAUGCAUUAGCUUCUGCUACACUGUUGGUCCGUGGUGUUGAACCAGAUGUCGUAGACAUUCGGCGCUCGCAGGUGGUUGAAACAUCUGAGCGACAAAGCCUGGCUGUCUCGAAUUACCAGCGGCCUGGCAACAACGCGACUGCAGCAUCAAAGUGUAUCUCAGCGGCUAGCUCGAACUCUGGAUCGAGCACUGUAGUACAGACGAUGCCCUUCCAGAUCCUCGAGACUAUCGUCUUUUCUGCUGCGUACGGAGACGCCGAGUGCCGGACUCUGGCUUCAAAUCUGUACAAAGAACUUGUCGAAGCAGAAACCUCAGGCACUGAACGAAAAUGGGGCGUACGAGAGCAGCACUUGCUUUGUCGAUCCGACCUCAUGCGAGAGCUGGACUCCUUGGUGCAAUAUGGGUAUCUGAAGCAGGACAUUUUCGAGAUGGUCCGAGGCCAGCUAUUUCCUACUGGCACCACAGAGCUGCUGGAAAAUCGAGACUUCACAGCGUACAUCUAUCGAGCUGUAAGCGCCUUCGCUUUAGGCGAGGGUCGAGCGAAGCAGAUUCUGGAGCUCGCAAUUGGCGAGGAGGACGAGAGCUUGGGUGAGUGGUCGCCGGAAGAAGAGGCCUUCUUUGAACGCGAGCCUUUCAAUCCAAAAGGGUUUGUGUACGGCGACAGCACCGAUGACAGCCAUUACGAGCGUCUUAGUUCGAUGCUCUCCACUGUCGGUACGUUUGAGUCUACGAAGCCGCAGCCGCAGUCUGGUUGGCGGUCAUCGUACUUCUUGUCGAAAGUCGCGCAGGUAUUCCGCCUUGGUCACUGGAAGCGCACGACGUAGAGCAGAGACCGGCUGUUAUGCUAUCCACCCCUUUGAUGAGCAUUUUCUUUGUCUAUUUUAUUGAGCGAUUGUAGCGUUUUUAAGAUUCUAUACCACAUUAGCAUUCUCAUGAGAAGUGUCCGAAGACAGGGACAUAGAGAAGACUAAAUCAAUGUGAUCAUCCACAAAGAUUGGAAGCCCUCCAACAUUGUUUCAU